CGUCUGUCGUCUGUUCCGAUUGUAACGAAUCGCAAUUUAGUGACUCCUUCUCCCAGUAGAGGGCGUAUUUUGCCCGAAUGAUGAAUACAAACUGAUCUAAAGUUUACAAUAAGUUACGACUCGUAACUUAAAAAUGGAUGUUGCGGGAUUAGAGGCCGAAGCGAAAGCAACUGCGGCCAAACACGUUGCUAAUAUGCUUCAGAGACCGGAUCAGUUAGAAAAAGUUGAGCAAUAUAAGAGACGAGUUGGUAGAAAAAAGGCCUCAGUUGAAGCAAUGUUGAAAACUGCCAUGCAGACACAAUUAGAUGGUGUGAAAUUAGGUUUAAAUCAGUUGCAGACAGCAUUACAGGACAUACAAGAUAUUAAAUCAAAUUUAAAAGAAAUUGAAGGAAAUUUUCAAGUUAUUCCAUUAUUAGCAGAAAGAUUGCAAGAUGUUCGUGAAGAAAGUAUGAAACAUAGCCAGACAAGUGAACAAAUAACAUGGCAAGCUGAAAUGCAAUGUCUUGCUGAUUUAGAAAAUUCUCGGGAUGAUUUAUUGUUUGAAAUGCACAAACUUCCUUCAAGAAGCCCAACUGAUAGGAAUAUGUUAAAACAAUAUUUUGCUGAUGUGGAAAAAAUGUCAGAAGAAUUAAGUAAGCAGUUAUGGUUAAUAUUAAAACGUACCUUGAAUUCUGUUAGAAAAGAACCUCAAGUUAUUGUAACUGCCUUACGAAUUAUUGAAAGAGAGGAAAGGGCUGAUACUGCUGCUCUUGUUAGACAUAAGACAACUGGAUUUUUGCCACCAGGUAGACCAAAAAAAUGGAGGCAGCGUGCAUUUGAAGUUCUGAAACAAGCUGUUGCUGAAAGAAUUGAAGGAAAUCAAUUAGAAGAACGAGCUGAGAACAAAAUGUGGUUGGUAAGACAUUUAGAAGUUACCAGACAACUUGUUAUUGAAGAUUUAAGAGUUGUUAAAACUGCUUGUGUUCCUUGUUUUCCUCCUGAAUAUGACAUUGUCAUUGAAUUUGUUAAGAUGUAUCAUGAUUGUUUAUCUAAACAUCUUCAAGACAUAAUUGCAAAUGAGUUGGAAGGAAAUGAACAUAUAACUAUUUUGAAUUGGUUAAAUACUUAUGAAAGUGCAGAAAUGUUAGGACAUCCAGAUUUGAAUAUAGAUGUUAAAAAAUUAGGUCCUCUACUUGAAAACAACAUAGUGGAAAAUCUAAUAGAUGAGUAUCUAAAAAAUCUUAAUACAAACUAUCAAGAUUGGAUGAAGAAUACAUUAGCAUCAGAAGUUAAGGAUUGGCAGAGAGAAAUUGAACCAGAGAAAGAUGGGGAAAAUCUAUUUCAUACUUCAUUACCUGUUAUUGUUUUUCAUAUGAUUGAUCAACAUGUAAGUAAAAGUGCAGAAAUGUUAGGACAUCCAGAUUUGAAUAUAGAUGUUAAAAAAUUAGGUCCUCUACUUGAAAACAACAUAGUGGAAAAUCUAAUAGAUGAGUAUCUAAAAAAUCUUAAUACAAACUAUCAAGAUUGGAUGAAGAAUACAUUAGCAUCAGAAGUUAAGGAUUGGCAGAGAGAAAUUGAACCAGAGAAAGAUGGGGAAAAUCUAUUUCAUACUUCAUUACCUGUUAUUGUUUUUCAUAUGAUUGAUCAACAUAUUGCAAUUGCCAAUAAUUGUCUUCAGUUCAGAGAAUUAGCACAAGGAUUACGUCAAAGGUAUUGGAAACCAAAUGUUCAUGACAAUGAAGCUGAAAAAAUUUUUCAGAAGACUCUCUUCUUAUUUGAAAAGUUAAGAGAAGAAGUAUUAGACUUCCUUCUAGAAGAGUUAUUUUUAGAUUUGGAUCGUGAAUUCAAUGAUCUUGUGACUAAAAAAUGGUUAAUGACAGGAAAGAAAAAGCUGAAUAGUUGGGACAUACCAGAUUCAAACCAUUGUCCAAAAGCAAGUGAAAAGCAAAUAAUAUCUCUCUUUUGGAAGAAAACUCAAAAGUUUAAAAUUUCAUUAAAAAAUUAUGAAGAAAGAAAAGAAACAGCUGAAAAGAUUAUUGUAGAAGGUGGAAAGUUAAAAAGUUUAUUUUCAAGAUUAUCAUCAUCUCCCAUUAAGAGGGAUUCUCCAUUUGAUGCCUUGCCCCUUUUGGCUGAAGUAUUAAAAUUAAAAGAUGCAAGUCUUCUGUCUUUGGAAAUAUCAGGUCUAAUUAAGAGGUAUCCCGAUAUUUCUGUCGAUCAGUUGACUGCAUUAGUGACGCUGCGAGGAGAUGUAGGAAGAGCAGAAGCAAAACAGCUUGUGACAGAAAUGAUUCCUGAAGCAGGCAGUAAUACAGAAGUGAAGAGUAUAUUUUCAGAAAUUCAAUUCUAGGUAGCAUUGUAUUUUCAUAUACUGAUCAUAACAUAAACAAAUUGAAUUAUACUGUACAUAAGCAUAUUUAAUAUUUGAAUAAUGUAUUAAAUUCUGUCUUUAAACAAAUGAGUAACUUUUUAUAACCAAUUGAAUUAACUAUUAUUAUUCUAUACACAAUUGAAUGAAAAAUUUAAGUUCCUUGACAUAAGAUAUUUUCUGCCAGUCAGUCUGGUGAUUAUGAAUUUGCAUUUUAGGCUUAAUAGUUUUACAUAUCAUAAUACAGUAUGAUGAGCUAAUUUAGGCAAAAUAUAGAUAUUAAUAGAAUAAGUAUUUCUGAUCCAACUCUUUAUUGAAUCAUAUGAUUUUGUUAAAUACAGUAUAUUGAAAAGUUGAUUUACAAUAAUUUGGAAACUUCUCUAUGUUCACUGUAUUUUAUACAUUCAAUGAUCAUGCAAUGAAUUGUACACAAAUAUACCAACUUUCUAUAUGUAAUAAAUUUAC